GAUUUGAGAAAAAAAAAAGGAGUAAAGAAAAUGGAAGAUUUGAUAAAGCAUUAUGAAUUUCCAAAUUUACCUCUCAAUUUUUCAAAUAAAAUUGACGAAGGUUCGUUUGCCAACAUCUAUUUGCACAUUUUCCGUGAAAAACCAAUCGCUUUAAAAGUUUUCAAGGCAAGUUUACCAAAAAAAAAAAUGAUACAAAUGUGUAUAAAUCUCAAAAAGCUCAAGCAUGUCAAUGUUGUUCGAUUUAAAGGCUAUUGUUUCAGGCCUUCAAUUAUUGGAUUUGAGUAUUGUUGUGUUAAUUUAGACGGAGAUGACGUAAAUAACUUGUCGCAACUUAUUGCUGUAUUAAAUAGUGAUAAUAUUUUUGAGUUAAAUGAUCGAUUAAAUUACAUUUCUCAAGUUUUGAAUGGACUAGCAUACCUUCACCAAGAAAACAUUAUUCAUUGCGAUUUAAAACCUUGUAAUAUGCUUGUUAAUGGAAAAUCUGGAAAAGAUUUAGUGGUUAAAAUAGCUGACUUCGAUGAGCUUUUGAGGUUGAAACAAACAUUCACAUCUAGCUGUACAACGUAUUCUCAAUUUAGGGGUAUGACAUUAAGUUAUACUGCACCUGAACUGUGUCAGUGUAUUGUUCAAAGACCAUCAAAAGAAAGUGAUAUUUAUUCUUUUGGAGUUUCUGCCUUUGAAAUACUAUCUGAUGCUUCUGCUUGGGACGAAGUUCUUCCAUUACUAAAUGAUACAAUGCUAUUAAAUGCUCUCCUUGAUGGAAAAAGACCGAACAUAAAAAAACUGAAAAAAAUAUACUCAUCAAACAAAUGUGAACAUGUUAUUUUAGCUAUUAUUGAAUGUUGGGAUUCUGAUUUUACGAAACGACCAACAUCAGAGAUGCUUAAAGAACGAUUUGAUAGUAUGGCUAAAAACCCAUCUCAUCAAAUAAAAAAAAAGGUUAUUUUAAAAGAACAAGUUAAUCUUGAGUUAGCAGUCAAGACACAACUGCAUAAAUACCCUAAACGCGGAAAAAAAGUUGAAGAUGUUUCUAUUAACUAUGUAGGACAGACAGAUCCACCUGGUUUCCAAAAACAUUACAUUAACCAAGAGAUUGGAUUUGGAGUUUUUACACUUUUGCCAAGAAAGAAAGGCGAGUUUCUGUUGGAAUAUCGGGGUAAAAUGAUGACUGCUCAAGAAGGAAAGUUAUUGGAAGAAAAUCACAAAAAUCUUGGAAAUGGUUGUUACCAAUACUUUUUUACUUUCCAGGGUAAAAAAUGUUGCAUUGAUGGAACUGAAGACACCAAUUUGGGAGUUUUUGUUAAUGACUCAAAAGCAGGAAAUUGUGCAAUGCAUAUAAAAGUUUUUUGUGGCAUGCCUCAUUUAUGUUUGUAUGCACUUAAAGACAUAGAAAAGGGCACUGAGUUGCGGUAUAACUACAAUUCAGUAAAUUUAUGGUGGAGAAAGUUAAAGUCUACAAGAGAAAGCUUUAAACUAGAUGAUUUGAAGCAAGCAAGUCUGUCUUCAAUUGACAAUGAUUGGGAUUGUGCUGCUGAGGCAAGUGGCAAUAAAGUAUUCAAUAUUUCAAAUGAGUUGUCGAAAGAAAUUUCCAUAGAUAAUAAUAAGAAUAUAUCAAUUGAUGAACAUAUCGGUGUUACUUGUUUAUCUCCUGUUUCUCCUGAAUUUUGUAUGAAAAAGUCAAUCAAAAAUGAUUGGGAUUGUGCUGUUGUGGCAAGUGUCAAUAAAAUUGAUGAACAAUUCGAUGUUACUUGUUUAUCUCCUGUUUCUCCUGAAUUUUGUAUGAAAAAGUCCAGUUCAUUUCAAUUUGUUGAAAAGAAAAACAAUGUUUUAAGUCCAAAUCAUUCCCAAAAUGAGCAAUGGCUGGCUUCAAGUUGCUAUGGUUUAUUGAAUGGCGAUUUGUGUAGCAAUUUUUCUAGAGUGUUAUCUGAUACAAACAGUAUCGAUUUCCAUAUUGUUUCGGCCAUUCCAGACCAAGUUUCUGGGAUCAACAAAACUUGUGUUAUGGUAGAGGAUUUAUUUGUUUCUGAAUCUGGUUCAGAUUUAGAAACUGAUAGUGUACUGGAUAAAUUUCUUAUUCCAGUGAACAAACCCGUCCAAAGCAAGGAAACAAAAUGUGAUCUAGAGGUUUCUGUGAUCAAAGAAACUUGUGUUAUGGUAGAAGAUUUAUUUGUUUCUAAAUCUGAUUCAUAUUUCGAAACUGAUAGUAUACUGGAUAAAUUUCUUAUUCCAGUGAAUAAACCCGUCCAAAGCAAGGAAACAAAAUGUGAUCAAGAUUUUGAUUUAUUGCAAUUGGUUGAUGAGGGAAAACCCCAAGUUGAACAAUGGGUUACUUCAAGUUGCUAUGAUUCUUUGAAUGGAGAUUUAUUCGGAGUUCUAUCUGAUACAAAGAUACAGAAGAAGAAAAGUCAAAGACCUCAACGCUAUUGUGUCUUCUGCAAAAAAUCUUUAUUUAAAUUGAAACGGCAUAUUAAAAGAAAACAUAAAGAUGAGAUAGUUGUAAAAGAGGCUCUCUUACUUCCAAAAGAGUUGCAAGUCAAGGCAUUUGCUCAAUUUAGGAGAGAGGGAAUUGUAAAAUACAAUAAGGACCAAGCAAUUUUAGAUUUCCCCAUGUAUAUCUCAGAAAGAGCCUUAAAAAAACAAAAAGACUUGACAAAAUGUAGUUUUUGUAAAAUUGUAGUCGUAAAAAGAACAUUCUCGAGGCACAAAAAAGUAUGUCAAUUAAGAACUAAUGAUCAUGUUGUGCAAGUUCCAUUAACUGUUUCAGAGUUGCCUGAAGCAUCACAAUACAAUAAUUUGUUUAUAACUCAUAUUAUAGGAAAGUUUCGAAAUGAUAAAAUUGGUAAAGUCUGUAGAACAGAUCAAACUAUCCUGAAAAUUGGUUCAAAAUUUUUUUGGAAAUUGAAUAAAAAGCAGGACAAAUCUGUUGAAGUGUAUCGUAGUAUACGCAACGAAAUGCGCCGUUUAGCACACUGUUACACUUUGUUCCUAAAACAAGAGGGAAUUAUACAAAAACAUAACAACUCAUUAGAUAUGUUUAAUCGAGUAAACUUUGAUAUGCUGUCUAAUGUUAUUGAGGUUUACACCAAAAAAGAUGAUGCCGAUAUUAAAGCUGGAUUAAAACAGAAUUUGUACUACUUGUUAAAAAAAAGUGCUACAGUGAUGCAAUUCAUUUUUUAUAGUAAAGGCAUGGACGCUGAAGCUGAAGAUGUCCAGAAAUUUAUUUAUACUUUAAAAUGUUGGCAAGAAUAUCUUUUUGGUGACGCAACUUAUAAACUGAACAUUAGAAGUCAAGUCAACUUGCGAAAACCUGCCAAACUGCCUAGAGAGCAAGAUUUACUCAUACUGCGGAACUAUAUCUUGGAAACUAUGAAACUGUUAUGCGAUGAUUAUGAGUUUCAUGAUUUACACAGUUAUGUCAAACUUAGAAAUUGUGCUUGCGCUAGAUUGACUUUGUUAUGUGGCAGGCGUGGUGGUGAGCCUGCACGUAUGUUAUUAACAGAUUGGAAUCAAGCCUAUAACAAUGAAUGGAUUGACAGUCAAAGAGUUUAUAAACUUGGCAAACUUGAAAAUUUUCUUAUUAAAACAAUGAAAAUAGCUUACAUGACAGGCAAGGGAAACAACCAUCUUGUCCCUGUCCUGAUACCACAAGACACUGUUGAUGCAAUCAUAAAAAUUGCUAGUAAUGGGUUUCGAGAACAAGCAGGAGUAUCGCCUCAAAAUAAAUUUCUUUUUGCAAGUGCUCAGGAUUCUGAUGCUCACAUUUCUGGUUGGCAUGUUGUCCAUGAAUUGUGUAGUGGUCUCCCUCUGAAAAAUCCCAAUGAUAUUAUAGCUACCAACAAUCGUCAUCGCAUUAGUACUUUGUUUGCUGCUUUAGAUGUUCCUAAACGUGACAGGGAAUUAUUUUAUUCUCACAUGGGGCAUUCUGAACAAAUGAAUAUUAAUUUCUAUCAAGCCCCUCUAGCUUUGGAAGAAAUUACAAAAGUUGGAAAACAUCUAUUAGCCAUUGAUGCAGGUGAAACCGAAUCUUCAAUAUAUUCAGAACCAGAGAUAAGCUCUCAAAAGAAAAAAUUUUUGGAAACUAGCGAGAGUGAAGGAGAAGAUAAUAGUGUGAUAAGCUCUCAAAAGAAAAAAUUUUUGGAAACUAGCGAGAGUGAAGGAGAAGAUAAUAGUGUGAUAAGCUCUCAAAAGAAAAAAUUUUUGGAAACUAGCGAGAGUGAAGGAGAAGAUAAUAGUGUGAUAAGCUCUCAAAAGAGAAAAAAUUUGAAAACUAGCAAGAGAGAAGGAGAAGAUAAUAGUGGUAAAAAUAAUAAUGAUGGAAAGGAGGCAGAACUCUUUAAAUCUGCAACAGCCUAUAAUGAUUUUGAUAAUAAUCGUUUUUACACACAGUGGAACAAAAAGCAAACCAAUGAUCUUUUGGAAUGGUUUGCCUCUUUUUUAAAUGACAAAGAACGUGAAUGGCCAGAUCGAAGGCAUAUAGAAAAGUUUAUAUCUAUAUGUGAAAUACCGUUUGAUUACGGCAAAGUUAGAACAAAACUCACAAACGAGCGACUGAAGUUAAGAGCCGCAAAAAUAAAAUCGGAGAAUACAGCAAGAGAGCGAAUCCAUGCUAUGAAUCUAUAGGCAUAAAAAAAUAUAUAUUUAUAUAUUUAAAGUUUUUUCAUGAA